AUGGAGGACUGGGAAGAUGAGCCUAUUCCUGAUCUUCUCAAUAAAAAAGAGACUUUGAAGGCCAAUUGGGACGAUGAAGAUUUGGACGAUGUCAAGGAAUCAUGGGAAGACGAAGAUGAGCCUGCUACGGCGCCAAAGGUGGAGUCAGCGCCAUCUGAAAAGGCCCCUAAAAAGUCUGCUGCUGCUAAAUCAGGUGAAAAGAAAGCGAAAGCUGCUGAGGCUUCAAAAGAUGCUCUGAAAGAGGAGCCAUUAGAUCCUGUACAAGAAAAGCUCCGCCAACAGAGACUUGUUGAGGAGGCUGAUUAUAAAGCGACUACCGAGUUAUUUUCCAAGAAGGGUGAUGAUAAGACACUGGAAAAUUUUAUUCCAAAAACCGAAAGCGAUUUUGCAGAAUAUGCGGAACUUAUUUCCCAUAAAAUUCGUCCAUACGAGAAAAGCUAUCACUAUAUUGGAUUACUGAAGGCUGUGAUGAGACUGUCGAUGACUUCUUUGAAAGGAGCAGAUGCUAAAGAAAUUUCAUCCUCCAUUACUGCAAUCGCAAAUGAAAAGAUAAAAGCUGAAAAGGAAGCUAAUGCUGGCAAAAAGAAGACAGGUGGGAAGAAAAAACAGUUGCAUGUGGGAAAACCGGAUGAUGAUGCGGUUCUUGAUAAUACAUACGAUGAUUUAGAUGACUAUGAUUUCAUGUGA